CUCCUCAACGACGUCGUCCGAAGGGCAGUCAGUCGCGUGCACCUCGACGGAAGUUAUAUUCGCAGAGUAGAAUUUUUCCAAGCGACAAGAUUAUCCAAGAGGGAAGAUCGAUAUCGAAGUUAAGGCUUCUGAAGCUUUAGGUCCGUCAGCCGAGCGUAAAAUAGGCCCUGACGUCCACCGGCAAUCACAAAAAUUGGAACACAGCGAAGGUAAAGUGGGGUGCGCGUGUUUCGUACCGAUUGUUAAACGACGAAGUGGCGCUUGUCACGCGACUUAAUAGAUGCCAUCGAAAUUAAUGUUCGAGAGAGCGAACUUUAGUGAAAGAUGCUCUUCGUGGUAAACGAUUCUUUGCGACCUAAGGUCACCGAAAAUCACAAUUGUUGAAUGCUGAUCGUUCCGACUAAUUACAGUUCGCAUCGCACGCACAUAAAUUAUUUAUGUCUUGAUGAGAAAUUAAACGAUGGCGAAUGAUAUGCUCAUUAAGGCUUCGAUCUUGUUAAGUAUCGUUUUGCUAACUUUGAGCACAAACGAGCAAACAUGCUCUGAAAACACCACAUUAUUGGAGACUACGGGUGACGCUAUUUUAACCGCCUUCGUGAAUGCCAAUUACGGACAAUAUUGCAACGUAUCGUCAUCCAAGGGUCUCCAACAAAUCUCGACGAUAUUACGCAUAGUGCAAACUUUGAACAAAUAUGACUAUAUACCAAGUGUGAAAUUAGGGCUAAGAAUCUUCGACACGUGUCCUGAUAGGAUUACGGUGUUUAGACAAGUUUUGCGAGUAGCGAUCGAACAAAGUUGCGCGCCGGAUUACGAGAUGGGUGUGCUGGUGUCGUCCCAGUACGGGCAUGUGAUGGAUUAUCUUCGCGAUCACGGCGGUCUGCCGAUCGGCGUCUACGAGGAACGAGAUUUUACGAUGCCCUUGAUCGAUAUCUUGGCGCAUUAUCUGAGCACCAAAUACAAGAUCGUCGAUCUGGUGUACACCAACGCGGAUUACGUUCUCGAUCGUUUCCUGAAAGUUACCAAGGACGCUGGUGUGUGCGUGAAGCGAAGUGACAUCAGGCGCGUCAACGGUGACGGGUACGCGAACGUCACGGAAACAGUUAUAGUCGCAAUCGGCCAGAGAAAUGACGUGCUACGAUGGCUGGGAGAGAACGAGGAAUCAAGGGAUUCCAGCGAAACGUGGCUCCUGCUGCCGCUCGAUAAUUCGGAUAUUGACGAUCUCAUACCACCCGGAUCGUAUGUCAUUAAGCCGGAAAUUCCUCGUUUCGAUCUUGGUGAAUUCUCAAGCACGGACGAAUUCCCGGAGAACUCCGACAACUCGACGAACAACUCUCCGUAUCUCCUCGACAUUGGGAAGGCCGUCAUCGGGCUGGCGGAAGUCUUCCGGGAUCUCCUAGUGAGAAGCUGCCCGAUCGACAACAAGGAGUGCAGCAUCGUGACGCAAUCCCCAGAAUCGCAACGGGAAAUUCGCGAUGUCGAUGUCUACGAGAUUCUCCACAUGCAACCGCGAUCGCACUCGGUGAGAUACGUGAUCGCCACAAAGAUGCAACACGAUUCACACGAGCUUAUCGACGUCGCUUUUUACGAGAUCGAAGUGUCCAAUUUACGCGUUCUCCCGAAGGCGACGAUGCCCGGCAAGCCGGGGCUCUGUUUGGAGCACCUUGCCGAGAAUUGCGAGAACUGCAUGAAUUUUCAAGGGCGCUCUGACGCGCACGACAUUACAAAAGUGGAUGUCGUCGGCAAAAGUAUCCUGAAGAACAGCAUCUACGUUCCUGUUUUCCUGAUCGCCAUCGUAUGCGGCGUUCUUGCGUGCUGCGUCAUGGUGAUCUUUAUCGUCCAUCGUUUUGUGACUGGAGAAAUACUCGACGGUAAUCCAGCCCUCACAAUUGUCCUCGUCCUGGCCAACCUGUUUACCCUACUGACAGCGUUGCCCUUCUGCGUAACGGACGAUUAUUUCGGCGCGGAGAGCCUGAACGCCUGGAAGAUCUUUCUCACCACUCUCGCGUUUGGCCUCACGUUCUCGCUCAUGCUCUCGAGAGCGUUCUUCCUGGCCUUGUCCGCGGGAGGUGUUUUUAUCAUUCAUAUUAACGGAUAUCUGCAGAGUCUUAUGACGCUCUUUAUGUACGGCGUGCAAAUUACCAUAUCGGUUAUGUUUUACGUUCUGAGCACAAUGAACUCAGCUAUGGUCGCCAGGAGUCUCAUCUUUAUUGCGUUAUUAGGAUAUGACAUAUCUUUAUUAAUUGGAUUGUUCGUUGCUUGCUAUUACAUUAUCCGAACACAACGCAAUUAUUAUGAGGGAAGAUGCUUCUUCGGCACUGCUGUCGGUCUAUUGAUAAUAUGGGCGAUAUGGCUAAUGUCCUUCAUGUUGAUGCACCCUAAAAAUCGCGACGCAAUCGUUUCCUUCGGUAUAGUUGCCACAGCUUACUUGAUUAUCUUCAGUAUCUUAACACCAAGGAUUUAUUAUAUGGUCACGCACAUACCCAAGAGAAAAGAUCCCGAACAAAGAUUCGAUCCCGUUAAUCGACCGACCAAUUCGAUUGUUAAUACUAUCGUCAGGCAGUCACGUUCCUCCUACGAUUACGUUCAUCCUGCUGGAGAAAAUCAGAUUCUACGAGUGCCAUCAGCAUAUCCAAAUUACUACGGUAAUUCAAGCCCGAAUUUGAAAUAUCUCGAGAGAUGUAGAAGUCCAAAUCACUAUGAAAUGCCUGUAUAUAAUAAUUACGAAUGUCGUGCAGAAAUGAAGGAGAUCGACGCUACCUAUAUCACGCCACGAAUGUACAUCGAGAAUACAAGGUCUCUAGCAACAAAUGACGUCAUUUACGCGCAGCCAAGGAUCUAUAAAUCUCAGAGGAUAAUUCUGGGAGAGAAAAGCAAUGCAGAAAUUACUUGUAAUAGAGAUCAUUCUUCACCUAGUCCUAGACUACAUGUCGAAAUGUAUCCUAUGAGAUACACCAGCCCAACGAAUAUGGAGAGAGAACGAAGAAUCUCUGAAGAAGAAGAGGAUGAAAAGGACGAAGAAGAAGACGAAGAAAAUCAGGAGGACGAAUGCGCCAGCAGAGUUACCCGUUUUUGAUAAGUUUAUUUAAUCUAGUAUUCAAUUUUUAAUGUCCUACAUUCUUAUAAAUUUUUUAUAAAAUGGAUUUAUAAUGAAACAUUUUUAAAAUAAUUAAUAGAUUUAAAUCACGGAAAACUGGAAUGACCAAACAAAAUUCAUAAUCCGCAAAAUAUUUCUUUUUUCCAUUGUGUCUCUUAUUUUUUGAAAGAUCUUUGAUUUAUCUAAUAACUCUAAGGCUUGUAUUUAUAAUCAUUGCGUGAAUCAUGUACCUAUUAAAAAGCGUAUCAAGUGAGACAUUCAAAGUACCAUUUUAUAUUUUGAAAUACAAACGGUUCGAUAUAGUCACAUUUUGAUUGUGAAAAACGAUUAUUAGUCCGACGUGAUAUCUGAUGUCAUUAAAGUACUGUUCGCAAUACUGAGUCUCGCGAUAUUAAACAUCUUUAUUGCAGAUGAUAUAAAAUCAAAUUAUUAAUAAAUAAAAAUUAGGAUAGGCUAUGAAAAUCUUAUUUGCAAUGACAAUUCGUGUAUACGUUCAAUAAACUGACGAUUAUAACCAAU